AUGCUAUUUGCGCUAUGUUUACUUCCAUUAGUUGCCAGAUGUACAAAAGUGGGACCCACGGGCGUGUCCGUGGGCGUGAGACACCGACCCACGGGCGAGCUGGUGGGCGUGAGAAUCAGCUGUAUAAAAUCACGGGCGGGGUCUUCGCCGCCCACUCAGCCAGCGAAUGAACUGGAAGCGUUGUUCCGAGUGUACGACGAAGUCAUGAAAGAAGUUGAUGUCUUCGAGGCCCAAGACGUCGACAAAGUGUUAUCUAUGUAUAUGGUAGGAGUCCACAGGGACUUCGGAGGUCGUGGUCUUGGCAGGAAACUGGUGGAGCGGUGCAUGGAGAAGGGGGUAGAAAAGGGAUGCCAGCUAGCGGUGACGUGUAUCACUAACAAAUACUCGGGAAGGAUUUUCGAGAAGCUAGGUUACGAGGUGCGUCACUGCCUUGACCUGACCUCCCUCGGGCCGGACUGGGGCGUCGACACCUCGGUCAUGGGCGAGAAUACCACCGUCAGGGUCAUGAUCAAGAGGCUGCCAUGAAGAAGGAGUCUUUUUGUGUCUGUCUCUUUUCUCCUUCAAUCUCUGUCUGUCACUUU